GGUCAGAUUUUGUGGUCAUGUAAACAUCUUUGGAUGACAAACCCGCGUGCAGCUAAGAAGCGGACAGGAACCAGUCCUGCUCCACUGGAGCUGCUCUUCAUUCUGCAGUUUUAUGCAGUACAGCGAUAAACCUGCACCUUUGGUUAUGACGGGGUAGGUUUAAUGUUUAGAGACAGUUUAGUGAAAACUCUCCCACCCUAAACGCUGUUGUUGAGCGUCUGACAGCUUCGCAGCUGUGUCAAGUUAGCCGGCUGUGUUGCUAGUAGUCCAGCUCGGCUAAUUUUUCCCCUCCUGGUGACGCGGCGCAAACAUACUUAACUAUUUCAUGCAGGAAUGUUUACGGUCACUCCUUGACAGCGGUUGACUCUUUUUCCACCAAUGACAUUGAUUCAAGAAGCUCAGAAGCUGAAGGCGGAUAAGGAGCAGGGAGACCCAUGUUCAAGCUUUGGGUGUGAAUCUCAACACCAUGUCCCUCCUGCUCAUAUCUUUAGUCUUUUUUCUGCUUGGGGUUGUCCUGUUGUGCAUAAUUUCCAGAUGGCUCAUCUGCAGCCUGGCUGUGCGAGCUUUCCAAGCUGCUCUGAAUGCUGAACUAAAGAUCAAAUCAGUAGGAUUUUUCUCCAUCCAGGGCGUAAGCGUCCACUUCCACCAGCAGCAUACUUUGGAAAUUGACAGGAUAUGGAUAUCAAGUAAACUUCUAAACCAAGAUUUACCGAAAUACCUAGCAUUGUGCGUCGGUGACACAAGAAUUAGGUUUGACCUGCAAGCCCCGGUGGGACCUCUGCUAAAGACAAGUCAUGGGAAAAAAUCCAGAAAGAUUUCCGUCAGCCCCAAAACACUACGCUUCCUGUCACAACUGCUGUCGUUCCACUUCAGCUCAAUCAAUGUGAUGGUGCUGAACCUCGCCUUGUCAGAGUCUCUGUGGCACAUGACAGUGAGCGGAAUUACCUUGUUGCUUGACCAUCAGAGCAAACGGUUGGCAUGGAACCUUUCAUUAGGCCAGUUAAGCAGCAAAGUGCUGAAGAGCAGUCAAUUGGACAUUUGUUUGGCAGAAGUGGCCCUCAGCCUGCUGCUGUCCGGAGACAUGUGCCUUCCAGAGAUGAAGCCGGGUUCUCUUACUCUGAAUGUGAGGACGCUCAUAGCAGAGCUGCACGAGGGGCUGUUCCUCAGCCACCUCCUGCUUCCCCCCACCCCUCCAAAGAAACAAGAUCCUGAUGCAUCUGAGUGUGAAAACAGUGCGUUCAUUCAGACCGAGGCCGUCGAACGGUUUCACCAGCUUCUUCCUCACGAUGUCAGAGUGGAAUUCGACAAAACUAACAUAACUCUGUCCAUGCACAGCCAGAAGAAACACUUGAACUGGACUUUGAAGUCUCUGAGAAUGUGCUACGCCCGUGACGAUGAGCAGCAUCCGCUGAAAAGCUUCACUCCGGAGCUGAGUUUUCCACAGAGCAGCUUGGAGAUCGUUCUUGAUGAUGGACUUCUCCUUUCUCAAAGCAGACAGAGGAUUCUUUGUGUUAACAGUCUUAAGACAUCCCUUCAGGUUACAUCCCUUGACAUUUCGGGGUCAUUUAUAGUCAACACUUGCAUCAUUCACUACCGUCACCAGGAGUUUGCACACUGGUUGAACCUGUUUCCAUGGAAACGACUUUUUCACAGGAAGGCAGCUCACAGAAGAAGUCCGUUAGAUUAUCUGCCCACCCCUUCUUUCCUCAGGCGCCUCCCUCAUCUGGAUGCUCCUGUGAUGAUCAGCUCCUCCGUGUCCAACGUGAACGUGUCUGUUCAGCUAGGAGACACCACGCCUUUCGCUCUGGGCUUCAUAUCUGUUGAUGCAGAGCUGCAGCAUCUUCGUGACCUUAAAGUCGACAAAGACUUGGGAUCCCAAAAUUUGGUUCUGCACCAGAGGGCAGCGGUGUCCCUGGAAAACUUUUGGUGGAGAGUGGGUCAGGGCUCUCACAUUCAACAGGCCCCCCACCCUCCUGGUAAACAUGUGUGGGGUGAAGCCCUAAUUAUAGAUUACCUCAGUCUCCAGGGGAGUUUGAACCGACCCCACACAGAGGCAAGUUGUCAGUCUCCUCCGAGUCUGAGCGUGGAAUCGAACCUCAAGGGUCUCCAAGUGGAGCUUUCAGAGACGUGUGCGCUGUGUCUCUCCCGCCUGUUCUCCAUGGUGCAUCUCCCCCCUGACACAGAGCUUCAGCAUCCAGAUGCAGCGGUGGUGUCCCCCCCUGGUGGCAGAAGUGUUGCCUCUCCCUCCCCUUCACAGCUGCUCUUCAAACUGGACUGCAAUCUGGAAGAGGUUAACGUGUUCACGCUGUCCAAUCUGGCAGGAGCGGUGUCUUUGCGAACGGACUCUUUCAGAGUGUUGAGUUCAGCCGAAAGCUCCCGAGUGUCUCUGCAUGGUUUGAGCUUGUCUCUGGUUAAGACGCUCACAGAGAACAUGGAGACCUGCUGCCCGGCUUCUCAAACCCCCAACCCUGUCGUCAAUCUUGUGGCAAUAACAGUUUGGUAUCACAUCACCACUCAUACCUUACAGGUUCAGUGUGACGACGGGCUUACGGUUGAUUGGUCUCCACCGGACCACAUGACUUUUUACCAGCACGUGACUGAAGCUCAGGCUUGUUGGCGUAUGCUGCGCACAGAAGCAGAUGGGAAUGAAGCAGCGACACCUGAGGGCGGCGAUGCAGCAUCAGCUCAGGCGAAGGCCUUGUGUGUUCGUCUUGAAAUGAGCUCCGCCCGUUUAACAGCCCACGUCAGUGAGCAGAACUACAUUCUGCUGCUCAUUGAAGAGCUUUCGGUGUCAAACCACGCCGGGACGGUUCACAUUCGCACGCCCUCACUGAUCUUCAACUUUGACGGCAACAACAUAGUGUCCUUCAAUGGUCUGGACGUGGAGGCGCACGCUGAGCUGACUGAGAUGCAGCUGCACAGGGACACCUUCCCCUUCCUCACCACUCCUCACAACCGUGUCUGGGUCUUCACGUGUCCUUCUCUGUCCAUUGAGUUUCCAUAUCAGUACAAUUUCUCCAGGACUUUUGACAAGGCCAUCAGUGUGCAGAAGUGGCUGAAGUCUCUCCACCUUUCCAGUCGGACCUCGACGGCUGAACGCCUGCCUCCCGAUCUUGUGUUUAAAAUUUCUCAGUUUUCUUUUGUCUUCCUGGAUGAUGUGUUUGAAAUCAAGCUGCGAGAUAACUACGAGCUCAUGAAGGACGAGAACAAGGAAAGCGCAAAGCGUCUGUUGCUUUUGGACAAGAAGGUGGCAGAACUUCGCAGGCAGCAUGGAGAACUUCUGCCUGCCAGGAAGAUAGAGGAGCUUUACAGUUCUCUGGAGAAAAAGCACAUAGAGAUCUACAUCCAGCGUUCAAGACGCCUCUAUGUAAACACCCCCAUGAGGAAGUCGCUGCUGACCUGGACCAUCUCAGACUUGGAGUUGGUAGCACUGGCUGAUCAUUCUCUUCACGGACCAGAGAAGGUGAGGGAGCAGCUGAGAGACCUCGAUGGGAUCAGUCCCUUCCCCCGAGACGGACUUCCUCUGGUGAUCCAGUGGUGCCGGGCUGUCAAGUUUAAACUGUCUGCAUUUUUGGUGAGGAUUCGUGACUAUCCACGCUACCUCUUUGAGAUCCGGGACUGGGUUCUGUCGGGACGUCUGCUGGGGACAGAGCAGGACGGACAGCCGAGAGCUACUCGCAAAGAGACCAUCCCUCUCGGCCUACCAUGGGGAGACGUGACUGUCCGCAGAAAUGUGCCCCCGCUCAAGUUCUACUACGAUUUUAAAUCCACCAUCUACAGUUACACCAUUGUGUGGGGGCCGUGUUGGGACCCUGCUUGGACUCUGAUCGGGCAGUCAGUCGACCUUCUGACAAAACCCACAGUAGACCCCUCUCCUCCUCUGACCUGGUGGGACAAAAGUCGUCUCCUGCUGCACGGACGCUGGGUCAUGGACAUUGAACAGGCUAAUCUACAUCAGCUGGCUACUGAAGAUCCCUAUAACACCACAGAGAACUUGCAUUGGGAGUGGACCUGGCUGAACUUUGACUGGACUCCUGGUCAGUUUGUUUUCAAAGGAAACUUGAAUGUUAACGUCAGGACGGCGUCAAAGUAUGAUGAUAUCUGUUUGUUAAAACUGCCCAACCUCUGCAUGACCCUCGACCUCCAGUGGCUCUGUCACGGCAACCCCCAUGACCAUCACGCCGUGAUGCUCUGCUGUGCAGAGAACAUCGCAGACGUGAUUUCCGGUCUGCCUCACGACUCCUACAGAGCUUUCCGCUCGGAGAACCUCAACCUCUCCAUCACCAUGGACCUUAACCAACACAGUGGCGCCGAGCCUUCGCUGCCUCAGAUCGUUCUGUACAGCAGCACUCUGCGCUGGAUGCAGAACUUCUGGGCCACCUGGACGAGUGUGUCCCGACCGAUCUGCAGAGGAAAGCUCUUCCACAGCCUGAAGCCGGUCCGCAAAAAACUGGGUCAGCACUACAAACAGAUGUCUUACACUGCCGCCUUCCCUCAGUUACAGGUUCUCUACUGGGCUUCCGUCGCCCAGCAGAGAGGAAUCCAGGUGGAGUGCAGCAAAGGGAACGUCUUUACCCGUGGAACGCAGAGACUUAUAUCGCAGGCUGGCACUGUGAUGAGAAGGCUGAUAUCUGAGUGGAAUGUGACUCAGAUGGUGAGUGAACUCUCGCAGGUGACGGUUCACCUGAUGGGGUCCGCCUGGGAUGAAACGGCAGACAACCAGGUGAACGCUCAGAAGAAGACGACCCAUCUCGUUAGCCUGUCAUCUCUGAGCUACCAGCGGCAGAGUAAACGCAUGGAUGAGGAGGUGUCAAAGGAUGAAACGAACGCCUCUUACACUCACAAACUGCGGCUGGUGGACCUCCGUGCUUCCUGGACCACCACCAACAGGAACAUAGCUUUUGGGCUUUACGACGGAUACAAAAAGGCGUCUGUGCUGAAGAGAAAUCUCUCCACUGAAGCUUUGAAGGGUCUGAAGAUCGACACACAGCUGCAGACCAAGAAGCUCAAGCGCUCUCCAUCCUACUACUCCCCAACUACUACUCCUACUACACCCGUUGUCCCCACUGUGAAUCGAGCAGAAAAGAGUCAAAAUGAAGGAACAUCGAUGCUCCAGAAGCUGAUUGAGGAAACCGAUAAGUUUGUGGUGUUUUCGGAGGAGGACUCUGGAGUGAGCGACCAGCUGUGCGGCACCGCGGCCUGUCAGACGGAUGAUGUUUAUAACCGCAACUGGUUUAUUGAAUUGGUUAACUGUCAGAUGAUGCUCCGCGGCACGGAGACAGCGGGCUGUGUGCUGGUGUCUGCUGCAAAAGCUCAGCUCCUGCAGUGUGAGCACCACCCCGCCUGGUACAACGACACCUUAAAGCAGAAGACCACCUGGACCUGUCUGCUGGACUGCAUGCAAUACUUUGCAACCAUGGAGCUCAACCCGUCUGAACAAAUGGACAAGCAGCUCUGGCUGGAAGUGAAAAACAUAGAGGAGCACCGGCAGCGUAACAUGGACUCUGUUCUGGAUCUGAUGGAGGGCGGUCAGGCAGUGGGAGGAAUGGUUAGCACCACUACAGAUUGGAACCAGCCUGCUCAGGUGAACGAGUCUCAGCAGGUUCAGCGGAUCAUCUCUCGCUGCAGCUGCAGGAUGCACUACAUCAGUUACAGCCACGACAUCAACCCCGAGCUGGCCACCCAGAUCAAACCUCCAGAGCUGAGCAACAACCACCAGAAGGAGGACCUGCUGAACAAGCAGGCUGGGGCUGUGGACACUUUCACUCUGAUACAUCACGACCUGGAGAUCUCCACUAACCCGGUUCAGUACGCUAUGAUCCUCGACAUCGUCAACAACCUGCUGCUUCAUGUGGAGCCCAGGCGCAAGGAACACAGCGAGAAAAAGCAGCGUGUGCGUUUCCAGCUGGAAAUCUCAAGCAACCCGGAGGAGCAGCGGAGCAGCAUCCUACACCUGCAGGAGGCUGUCAGGCAGCACCUGGUUCAGAUCAGACUCCUGGAGAAGCAGAUUUACUCCAAUGAAAAGGCUCAACCGGAGGAUCAAGCCAACGAGGAGCUGACAGAGAUCAACACGCAGCUCCAGGACCAGCUGAGACAGGAAAAAAACGACAUGCAGAUGAAGAGCGAAGAGCUCAACAUCCUCAUCAGGUGUUUUAAAGAUUUCCAGCUGCAGCGAGCCAACAAGCUGGAGCUGCGUAAGCCUCCGGAGGACGUGAGCGUGGUGCGGAGGACGGAGAUUUAUUUCGCUCAGGCUCGCUGGUGUCUGACGGAGGAGGACGGACAGCUCGGCAUUGCUGAGCUGGAGCUGCAGCGGUUUAUGUACAGUAAGCUGAACAAAUCAGACGACACAGCAGAGCAUCUAUUGGAGCUUGGGUGGUUCACCAUGAACAACUUGCUGCCAAAUGCAGCUUAUAAGCGGGUCCGGGUUGUACUUCGUCCUCAGAGCAACUGCCAGUUGGGGCGCCAGUUUGCUUUGCGAAUCUUCAGCAAAGUGCGGCCACCUGUGGGAGGCAUCUCUGUGAAGGAGCACUUUGAGGUGAACGUGGUGCCUCUCACCAUCCAGCUCAUGUACCAGUUCUUCAAAAGAAUGAUGGGAUUUUUUUUCCCAGGACGAAAUGUUGAAGAAGAGGAGUACGCUGAUGAGGAAGACAAGUUUAGACUGGUUACUACGGGUAUCCCCGUCAAACCCCGCUCAGAUGACACCAUGACGCCCAGCAAAAGCGUCACUCAAGGAUUGAACCGCACCGCCGGGGUCCGAAAGUCGUUCAGGAAAGCUCCAGAGCAUCCAGUUGAUGACAUCGAUAAGAUGAAGGAGCGAGCUGCCAUGAACAACUCCUUCAUCUACAUCAAGAUCCCCCAAGUGCCGCUGUGUGUCAGCUACAAAGGAGAGAAGAGCAGCGUGGAUUGGAAAGACUUGAACCUGGUCCUGCCUUGUUUGGAGUAUCACAACAACACCUGGACGUGGCUCGACUUCGCCAUGGCUGUGAAAAGAGACAGCCGGAAAGCGCUUGUAGCGCAGAUGAUCAAGGAGAAACUUCGCCUGAAGCCCGCGGCGGGCUCGGACCUGCGGGGGAAAGUGUCUGAGGGAAAGGCUGACAACAGCCUGCAGCAGCAGGAGGAAGAUGAGAAGGCGCGACUCCUCAUCGGCCUCAGCUCUGCAGACAAGAGCUCCACCAAAAAGAGCAUCUUCAGUCGCCGCAAAUGACGUGGAAUCCCCUCUGUGUUUGGGAUUGAACCAUCACUCUGUCUUUGUGACUCCCAAAGGGAAAAGCCUUUGAAAUAGUGUUUGAGGACACACCAUUUCUGCCUGCUGAACUUUAUUUUUGAAAAGUUGUGUUUUCUGUUUGUCCAUGCAGGCAACUCAAAAUGUAUGUUUUCAAUUCAUGUUUGUCUUUGUGUGAAUUCUGCUACUAUGGAAGUAACGAUCACUGUGGCUGCAUCAAAUGCAGUUUGGAAGAUACCAUUAUGUAGCGAGCACUUCACUGGGGAUGAUCUUCUGCAUCUGCUGAUGGAGAGAUGAAAGCGGCACUUCCUGCUGGCUCGGGAAAACACUGAAUGUCCGAUUCUGCGAAAGCAAACUGAGAGCACCUUCAUCGCUGAGAACUGUACGAGUCCGGUUCUUGAACCCUCCGAGGAAAUAUACUAAAGUGUGUUCUGUCAUUUCAGGCUAAAUGUGGCUGUGUGAAUGUUACUCUGACAUGAAGGCCUUUUUGUUUUUCUCUAACGUCAUUUUAUUUCGGAGUUUGCUCCCCACGCCGUGCUUUUUUUUUUUUUUUUUUAUGUAUGUCACCUCAGUGCAAUUUAUCAAGAACCGCAGCAAACAUGCUCCCGUGUUGUUCAGCGUGACACUGGAAUUGUGGGGAAAACGUUGCAGCUACUGGCAGUAUCUGUAUAGUUUUUAAUCCUGUUUUGAUAUUUUUGUAACAACAGUUGCUUUCUGUUGUCCCUUUUUGUGUCCCUGAGCUCCUGACAUUUCCCUCCGUCUGCAUUCGGGCGACCCGGCGGCAGCUGCUGGUUUUACGUUCCUGUCAGAACUUUGGCUUUUCUUGUUUAUCAAUGAAAGUGUUAAUUAAUACGAUUUUGUUUGUGGAUGGUGAAUAGAAAAUGAAUGAUUGAAAAUCUGACGGCUUAAACCAGAGUUAAACUGAUUUUUCUCAGCUGGUGUAAUGACGAAUGAGGAGAAUUAAAAUGUGUGUUAGAACCAGGACUGCAAUUUGUAUUUUUAUUUUAUUUUUAUUUUGUUUUCACAUGAAAAUAAAUAUUUCAAUACAUAA